AUGGAUGAAAAAGAUCUUGUUGAUCGACAACAUCGACAAACACAAGCUGAACGUGAUGAACUUCAACAAGAAUUAGCUGCUCUCGGCAGUGGAAAAGGUGCAUUUAUUGAUGAAAAACAUCGACUUGAAGUUCGCAUAGUACAACUUGAAGAAGAAUUAGAAAAAGAACAAAUCAAUACAGAAUUAACUGGUGAUAAACAUAAGAAAUUAGCUAUGGCUGUUGAAAAAGUAAAUAAUCAAAAAGCUGAAACUGUACGUAAUAAUCUUGAACGACAAAAUCGAGAAUUACGUGAAAAACUUGAAGAAAACGAAGAAUUUGGUAAAAGAAAAUCUCGAACAAUGUUUGGAGCACUUGAAGAGAAAGUUCAUGCACUUAAAGAACAACUUGAUGAUGAAGUUCGAGAAAAACAAAAUAUUAGUCGAACUGUUCGUACACUUGACAAACGUCUUCGUGAUGAGUGA